GCGCAAUUAUCUUUCCAAUAUCUUCCGGCUACACUCAUUUUAAGCGAAAAUUUCGUUCCCUGACGCAAUGUCCUGUGACCGGUUUUUCUCACGUGACUUAAGCUACCUAUAUAUAAAGACCGCACGAGCUUCUCAUCCCUCCGAAAGCCCAUCACUCGGUGUGUUUCGUCCAAAUCCGUUACCCCUCUCUCAGAACCUUUCUAGGUUAAGCAAAAAGUUAAAUAUGCAAUCCAGCGUUCUUGGAUUCCCUCGUAUCGGUAAGAACCGUGAGCUCAAGAAGGCCACCGAGGCCUACUGGUCCGGUAAGAUCAAGCAAGAAGAGCUCCUUGCUACUGCUAAGGCCAUCCGUGCUGAGCACUGGAAGCUCCAAAAGGCCCAAGGUGUUGACAUCGUUGCCUCCAACGACUUCUCCUUCUAUGACCAUGUCAUGGACCACUCCUUCAUGUUCAAUGCCAUCCCUACCCGUUACCAAAACCUUGGUCUCUCCCCCUUGGACGUCUACUUCGCUAUGGGUCGUGGUAGACAAGAGGCCACCGUUGACGUUCCCUCCCAAGAAAUGGUCAAGUGGUUUGACUCCAACUACCAUUUCAUGAGACCCGAGGUCUCUGACUCCACCGACUUCAAGUUGAACUCUACCAAGCCUGUUGACGAGUUCAACGAGGCCAAGGCCGCCGGUAUCAACACCCGCCCUGUUCUCUUGGGUCCCCUUACUUUCCUCCACUUGGCUAAGGCUACCAAGGACUCCAAGGUCAAGCCCAUUGCUCUUCUCUCCAAGCUCGUUCCCGUUUAUGUCGAGUUGAUUGGCAAGCUUGUUGCUGCCGGUGCUGAGUGGAUCCAAGUUGACGAGCCUAUUCUCGUCUUGGACCUCCCCACUGAGAUCCUCGAGGGCUUCAAGCCCGCCUAUGAGGCUAUCGGCAAGGCCGGUGCCAAGAUCAUGCUCGCUACCUACUUCGGUGCUCUCAAGAACAACGUUGAAGUCUUGAAGGGUCUCCCCGUCGCUGGUAUCCACGCUGACCUUGUCCGUUCUCCCCAAAACUUGGACGCUGUCCUCCCCAUCCUCUCCAAGGAGCAAGUCUUCUCCGCUGGUGUUGUCUCCGGACGUAACAUCUGGAAGACCAACUUCCAAAAGGCCAUUGCUUUGGUCGAGAAGGCUGUUGCUGCUCUUGGCAAGGAGCGCGUUAUCGUCGCUUCCUCCUCCAGCAUCCUCCACAUUCCCCACACCUUGGAGAGCGAGACCCAAAUCAAGCCCGAGAUCAAGCGUUGGUUCGCUUUCGCCACUGAGAAGUGUGCUGAGCUCGCUGUCAUUGCUAAGGCUGUGAAGGAGGGUCCCGCUGCCGUUCGUGCCGAGUUGGACGCUAACGCCGCCGAUGUCAAGGCUCGUGCUGAGUCUCCCAUCACCAACGUGAAGGCUGUUCGUGACCGCCAAGCUGCUGUCACCCCCGCCAUGCACGAGCGUGCUGCUCCUUUCGAGACUCGUAUUGCUGCUCAACAAGAGAUCCUCAAGCUUCCCUUGUUCCCCACUACCACCAUUGGUUCUUUCCCCCAAACCAAGGAGAUUCGUGUCACUCGUAACAAGUUCACCAAGGGUUUGAUCACUGAGGCCGACUACCAAACCUUCAUUGAGAAGGAGAUUAAGAGCGUCGUCGACUUCCAAGAGGAGGUUGGCCUCGACGUCCUUGUCCACGGUGAGCCCGAGCGUAACGAUAUGGUUCAAUACUUCGGUGAGCAAAUGGAGGGCUUCGUUUUCACCUUGAACGGUUGGGUUCAAUCCUACGGUUCUCGUUGUGUCCGUCCCCCCAUCAUUGUUGGUGAUGUCUCUCGCCCUGCUCCCAUGACUGUCAAGGAGUCUAAGUAUGCUCAAUCUGUCACCAAGAAGCCCAUGAAGGGUAUGCUUACUGCUCCCAUCACCAUUCUCCGUUGGUCUUUCCCUCGUGAUGAUGUGUCUGACUCUGUUCAAGCUCAACAAAUUGCUCUCGCUCUCCGUGACGAGGUUCAAGACUUGGAGGCUGCUGGUAUCCGCGUCAUCCAAUGUGACGAGCCCGCUCUCCGUGAGGGUCUUCCCCUCCGCACUGAGGAUUGGGCUGAGUACUUGAAGUGGGCCAUUGACGCCUUCCGUUUGAUGACCGCCGGUGUCAAGAACGAGACUCAAAUCCACUCUCACUUCUGUUACUCUGACUUCAACGACAUUUUCGACUCUAUCUUGCGUCUUGAUGCCGAUGUCAUCUCUAUUGAGAACUCCAAGUCUGACAUGAAGUUGAACAACGUCCUUAGCCAAUACACUUCCUGCAUUGGUCCCGGUCUCUUUGAUAUUCACUCCCCUCGUGUUCCCCCCGUCACCGAGUUCAAGGAGCGUAUUGAUGCACUCUUGAAGCACAUCCCCAAGGAGCGUCUCUGGAUCAACCCCGACUGUGGUUUGAAGACUCGUGCCUGGCCUGAGACCAAGGCUGACUUGGAGAACAUGGUUGCUGCCACCCGCCAAGCUCGUGAGCAGUACGCUUAGAUGUCUUUUCAUCUAACUCUCAACAUUCAACAUGGGUGAGAGAGGCACUGCCGUUCCACUUUGUUACGAUUUUUUGUGUAAUGAUUGUCUUAGGUUUUUCUCUUCAACUGAGGGUAACGGAAAAUAUACUUGUAUAAUACAAAUAAAAAUUUGGGAAACAUCUACA